AUGAGGCCUACCAAGCUCUUUCUCUUCGUCAUCCUCUUCGCUAUUGCUCUGAAAUCAACACAAGCAAUCCGACCACUUGAAUGUGAGGUCCUGGACAACACCACCGGGACUCCGGACUCCCGGUUCGGGAGAGAGGUUGGGACGGUGUACGGUUCGGACAUGUUGAUAACUGCCACCGAAUUCGUCCUCAGGACAUUCGGUCAAAGCGAUACUGGGGGGAGAGGCUAUGAUUUCGUUCUGCUGGUGGUCGAGAGCUUCUACGCACAUGACAGACCCUACGCCUUCGCAACCACCAAUGGAAGCCGGAUCCUCAUGAACGCGGACUACCUCCAGACAUUCCCCGGCGACAUGAAGGAAGAGUUCACAGGGAUCGUAUACUUCACGAGCGGCCUAGUCUGGCAAUGGACAGGGAAUGGCGGCGCCCCAAUGGGCCUCCUAACCGGCAUGGCUGACUACAUUAGGCUAACUGCCGGAUGGGGAUACGAGGGUUGGCCUCGGAGAGGGUCGGGGUUGAGAUGGGAUGAGGGGUACGCGAUCACGGCAAACUUCCUAGAGUAUUGUGAAGGGCUCCGACAAGGGUUUGUGUCGGACCUCAAUGCCAUGAUGAUCGACUCGUACAGCGAUGCGUACUUCGUGGAGAUACUUGGCAAGCCUGUGAAUGUACUGUGGGAAUACUAUAAGUUUGAAUAUGCAACCCCUGAACCAGCACAAGCGCUAGAAUAUGGAAGCCCUGGACCAGCACCAGCACAAACUUUUGGGUACUAA